GUCUCUACGCACAGCUAUACGGAGCCGCCACUGCGGAGCUCCUGCCCAGCUCCCAGCUCAUCUGCGCGGCGCCCUUCGCAUCCACGCUGCGCCAUGGCCAAGGCCACCGAUGCCUGGUCUCACCUCGGCCUCGUCUUCUGCCUCGCCUUCCUCCUGCCCUUGGGCCCAGCGAGGGUGGCCGCAGGUCUCUAUAAUCUCAGUCUCACUACUGAUGCUCCUGCUACCAUGGGAACGGAAGUGACCAUCUCAGCCAGCCUGGUGGUCAAGGACAACAGCAGCCUGCCUCUGCCUGUGGACACCCACCUCUACCGUUUCCACUGGAUCCACACGCCACUGACCCUCACUGCCAAGACCGAAAAGAAUCUAACCUCCACCAUCCGAGUGGUAGGCAGCGCACCUGGGGACUUCGCAGUCUCUGUCUGGGUCACUGCUGUCGACUGCUGGAUGUGCAAGCCGUUAGCCAGGAGCUCUCUGGUGGUCCCCAUCAAAGAGUCCCUUGUGGGGAACCUAGUCAUUACCCAAAACACCUCCGUGACUUGGCCGAACGCCUACAUUACCAAGAGAAGCCUUAGACUCGCCUUUCUCCUCCAUGACCCGAGCGACUUCUUUAAGUCGGCUACCUUCUUCUACCGUUGGGACUUCGGAGACGGGACCUUGUCAAUAACCGACAACCCUGUGGUGUAUUACAACUAUUCAAGUGCCGGAACCUUCACGGCGAAAGUCAGGGUGGUGGCAGAAUGGGAGCAGAUAAAGCCAGAUGCUGGAAAGGGCAUCCUGCAGAGGACCGGUGACUUCUCAGCAUCCUUAAGACUGCGGGAGAUGCUUCAAGGCAUGCAGGUGUUGGGCCCCACCCUAAUGCAGACAUUCCAAAAGUUGACAAUGACCAUGAACUUCUUCGGGAGCCCGCCUCUGCACGUGUGCUGGGGCCUCAAGCCGGAAUGUCUCCCACUGGAGGACAGAGAGUGCCAUCCUGUGUUGGUGACGCAAACGUCUUUUAACCUGACCCACAUCUUCCAGGACCCUGGGGACUACUGCUUCACCUUCCGUGCGGAGAAUGCCAUCAGCAAGACUCACCAGUACCACAGGGUCCAGGUGUGGCCCUCCAGUUUCCAGCCAUUUGUCUUUGCUUUCCCUUGCGCCACGCUGAUCACCGUGUUGCUGGUUUUCACCAUGUACAUGACUGUGCGCAACGCCACUAACCAGAAAGACGAGAGCCCGGAGGCCACCGGCCUCAAGUGCUGCUGCCAGGUGUGCUGCGGCUCCCUCUUUCUGGACUCACCAUCCGAGUACCUGGAAAUCGUCCGAGAGAACCACGGGCUGCUUCCGCCCCUCUACAAACCUGUGAAAACUUACAACGUGUGAACUCCCC